AUGGCAUCCUCGAAGCUGGUGCUGUCGCUGCUGGUUGCAGCUCUCCUGCUGCAUGUGGCCACCACGCUGAAGAUCGGUGCCUUCAACAUCAAGGCUUUUGGGGACAGCAAGAUGUCCAACAAGACUAUCGCAGAUAUCAUUGUCUCUAUCCUGUCGGAGUACGACAUCACCCUGGUGCAGGAGGUCCGGGAUGCUGACCUAAGUGGCGUAAAGAAGCUCAUGGACCAGCUCAACAGCGCAUCCCCACACCCAUACAGCUUUUUGGACAGCAUCCCCCUGGGUCGGACCACCUACAAGGAGCAGUACCUCUUUGUCUACAGGUCGGACAUGGUCUCUGUGCUGGGAAGCUACUACUAUGAUGACGGCUGUGAGUCCUGCGGGACUGAUACCUUCAGCAGGGAGCCCUUCAUUGUGAAGUUCUCCUCACCCACCACGCAGGUGGAGGAGUUCGUGAUGGUGCCCCUGCAUGCUGAGCCCAGCAGUGCAGCGGAAGAGAUCGACGCACUCUACGAUGUCUACACUGAUGUUGUCAACAAGUGGGCGACUAACAACAUCCUCUUCCUGGGCGACUUCAACGCCGACUGCUCCUAUGUGACCAGCAGCCAGUGGCCGUCCGUCCGCCUGCGCUCCCUCGACGCCUGCGAGUGGCUCAUUCCCGACAGUGCCGACACCACCGUCGCCGACACCGACUGUGCCUAUGACCGCAUCGUCGCCUGCGGCAUCGCGCUGCGCCAAGACAUCGAGCCUGGCUCUGCCACCGUCAACAACUUCAAGAAGACUUUCCACCUCCAGAUGAAGGAUGCUUUGGCCGUCAGCGACCAUUUCCCGGUGGAGGUGACCCUGAAAGCCCGCUGA